AUGCGAUCUACACUUUUCAUUAUAAUUCUUCUCAUUGGCAUUUCUCAUGGUUUUCUUGGUUCUAUUAAUCAAGUACUAAGCCAAGUGGGUAAUUCAGCUCAUUCAGCUACCAAUCAAAUUGGUCAAAUAUUAGGGCAUUCAUGGAAUAAUAUUACAGCUCAUAUGGAAAAUGUUAUUGGCAAAUUGGUAAACAGUAUCAAUGAAUUACGAGUUGCUGCUGAGGUUCUUUGGGAGCGUUUAUUUAGUCCAGCUUUUGAGAUGAUGCUUAAAGGAGGGCAAGUUAUUGUUAAUGAACAAUUAAAUACUAUGCGUUAUGUAAUAAAUAAUCCAAUAACGACAAGAGGAAAUCUUCUUUCAGAAAAAUAUACUCAACUAAUUGCUCGUUUAAAAUCGAAUGUUCAUGAUUUAUAUGAAAAUCUAUUUACAAUGCAACGUGACAGUUUAUUGGCUUUAGAAAAAGGUGACUAUCAUUUUGAAGAAAGAAUUCGUGCAUUUUACGGUAAAAUCCAGAUUAUCCGUAAACAGAUUCAUGAAUGGUCUGAAGAAAUCAAAAAUGAAUUAACAACGUACGAGUAUUCUAUUCAAGGUGACUGGCUUAAUACUCUUAAUCAAUAUAAACAAAAUAUUGAUGUUAGCGUCAAAACAUUAGUGAAAAUGUUUGAACAAUUAACAGAAAGUCUAAUCAAAAAUUUUCUUAAAGUUGUUCUUACGAUGGUUCCUAAUGCUAGUAACCGUAUUGAAAAAAUGAAAGAACAAGGACUACUUUCAUUUUUUCCCUAA